AUGGCUCCCUCAUACCAGUCUCGCCUUUAUGGGCUGCUGUUUACCUCGACACUGCUCGCAAGAAGCUAUGCCACUCCUUCGGUCCCAAUGGCAUACUGCGCCAAAGUCAACACAGGCACAACACCUACAAACACCAGCAUAUACCAGUCCGAUGGCCUCUGCUACAACUUCUGUGUCGCUCAGUACGCCUUUGCCGUUGUUCAGGGCAAUGACUGUUGGUGUUCCGACUACACCCCAACCAAGAGCUCGCAGGUCUCUGUCUCUGAAUGCGACCAGACUUGUUCCGGCUGGCCUUCCGAUGUCUGCGGCGGCGACAACCUCUACGGCUAUAUGGCCCUGAACAAGGCGCCCUCUGGCACUGCUGGAGCCAGCAGCGGCAGCUCUGCUGCUCCCACUUCUUCGUCGACUGUUACAACGGGCGGUGUUGUCCAGACCGUCACCGUGACGCCGUCGUCCGGCUCCGGUGACAACGCAUCCGUCUCUUCUAGUAGCAAGGGCCUCAGCGCCGGUGCUGCCGCCGGCAUCGCCGUAGGUGUUGUUGCUAUUGCCGUACUUGCCGGCGUGAUGGCAUUCCUUGUCUGGCGCCGCAAACGUCAGCAGAAGGAGCCCGAAGACGCUCUUUUCGUUGGCAACAAGACCAAGACACCGUCACCUCGCGGCACGUCUCCCAACACCUCAAACAGCCCCAAGGUUAGCGAGGUGUCGUCCGCACCUGCCUUCGCGCGGAAGGUGGGUGAGGGCCAGUGGGAGAGUGACCAGUCUGGCCGCCGCCGGAGCACUCUGAUGCCCAUCGACCCGCGUAUCGACCCGGCUUACAGCGGCAUCUAUGCUCGCACCGACAACAAGAGCCGUGACAGCGUCAAUUCUCUGCGGGACGACCACGAUUACUCUCGCAGAGUCCACCAACCUGGCCGGGUGCUGAGAGCGACCAACCCGGAUCCUGACGUGGAGCCAUGA